CAUCAGCCCCCCGCCGCCGCCGCCGCCGCCACCGCCGGGCCGCGCCGCCCGCCGCCGGCCUCGGCGCUGGGGGAGCUGGAGGCGCUGAACCUGAGCGGGCGGGGGCUGGAGGAGCUGCCCGAGGAGGUGGGCGCCGCCCUGAGUGGGCUGCGGGUGCUGAGCCUGCGGCGCAACCGGCUGUGCCGCCUGCCCGCCGCCGCCCUGCGCCACCUGGGCCGCCUGGCCGAGCUCGACCUGAGCCACAACCGCCUGCGGGGCCUGGGCGAUGGCGGGGCGCUGGCGGGGCUGCGGGGCCUGCGCAAGCUCAGCCUCAGCCACAACGAGCUGGGAGCGGAGGGCACCGGGCUGCCCGCCCGCCUGGCCGAGCUGGGCCGCCUCGAGGAGCUCGACCUCAGCUUCAACCGCCUGCGGCGCCUGCCCGAGGGCCUGGGGCGCCUGCGGCACCUCCGCGCCCUCGACGUGGACCACAACCAGCUGCCCUCCUUCCCCGCGCCGCUCCUGGAGCUCGCCGCCCUGGAGGAGCUCGACUGCUCCGGGAACCGCCACCUCGGGGCCCUGCCCGAGGGCAUCGCUGCCCUGCGCCGCCUCAAGAUCCUCUGGCUGAGCGGCACGGGGCUGGCGGCCCUGCCCGAGGGUCUCUGCCAGCUGGGCGCCCUCGAGAGCCUCAUGCUGGACGGCAACCAGCUGCGGGCGCUGCCCGCCGGCUUUGGCGGCCUGCAGCGGCUCAAGAUGCUGAACCUUUCCUCCAACCUGCUGGGGGAGUUCCCUGCUGCCAUCUUGGCGCUGCCAGGGCUGGAGGAGCUCUACCUGAGCCGCAACCAGCUCACUGUACUGCCUUCUCACCUCUGCCAGCUCCGCCAGCUGCGCACCCUCUGGCUGGACAACAACCGCAUCCGCUACCUACCUGACUCCAUCGUGCUCCUCCACAGCCUGGAGGAGCUGGUCCUGCAAGGCAACCAGAUUGCCAUCCUGCCCGAGGGCUUUGGGCAGCUCUCCCGUGUCACCCUGUGGAAAAUCAAAGACAAUCCCCUCAUCCAGCCUCCCUACGAGGUCUGUAUGAAGGGCAUCCCCUACAUCGCAGCCUACCAGCAGGAGCUGGCCCACUCCCAGCCUGCCCUCAAGCCCCGCCUCAAGCUGGUCCUCAUGGGCCUAAAGGAUGCGGGCAAGACCCUGCUGAGGCGAUGCCUCAUGGAGGAGGAUGGGCAGAAGGACUUGGGGAGCCUGGAUGCAGGCAACACCCAGCCCAGAGGUUGUCCCGGGCAGCAGCAGGACGCUGGGACAGUGCCAGCUGUGUGCUGCCCCUUCCUGGAGGACGCUUCCCAGCAGGACGUUCCUUCUCAUGUUCCCUCCCACCGAGGGAAAGGAGAAACACCGUGCCCUGCACCGUCGCUGGAUGCCUCCCAGGUACCGUCAGGACUGGGAUUGUCAGGCAGCAAGGGCAUCGAGGUGAUGGACUGGACAGCGGAUGCGGAGAGGGGCCUGACGUUCAUUGUGUACGAGCUGGCGGGAGACCCGAGCUAUGACGUGAUCCAGUCUUUCUUCCUGUCUCCUGGAGCCUUGUACGUGCUGGUGGUGAAUUUGAGUGCCUAUGUCCCUCAGCACUUCUACCCCUCUGUGGGCUAUUUCUUGCACUGGCUCGGUUCCAAGGUGCCCCACGCCGUGGUGUGUAUGGUGGGAACCCAUGCGGACCUCUGUGCGGAGCGGGAGCUGGAGGAGAAGUGCCUGGACAUCCAUCACCAGAUCGCUCAGCAGGAGAAGAGGGAUGCUGAGGGCCUCCAGAGCUUGGUCCAGCAGGUGGAUGAGGCUCUGGGACAGGACUUUGACCUGCGCUGCUCCAGUCCUCACACUGCCUUUUAUGGGGUCUCGGACAAGAACUUGAGGCGAAAAAAAGCUCAGUUCCAGUACCUUCUCAACCACCGCCCGCAGAUCCUCUCCCCUGUGCUGCCUUUCAGCUGCCGGGACCGCUGCCAGGUGCGUCGCCUGCGGGACAAGCUCCUCUCGGUGGCCGAGCACCGCGAUAUCUUCCCAAACCUGCACCGGGUCUUGCCCAAAUCCUGGCAAGUGCUGGAGGAGCUGCACUUCCAGCCGCAGGCUCAGCAGCUGUGGCUUAGCUGGUGGGACUCUGCCCGGUUGGGCUUGCAGGCGGGCCUGACAGAGGAUCGGCUCCAGAGUGCCCUGUCCUACCUGCACGAGAGCGGGAAGCUGCUCUACUUUGAGGAGCACCUCACGUUGCGGGAGUACGUGUUCCACAACCUGCCCCGGCUUAUUGACAUCCUCAAUGUCUUCUGCCAGCAGGAUGCCACCGUGCUGCUCCAGAAACUGCUCAGUGACACCCACAUCGACGAGCUGAGGGCCACUCAGCUCCAUCACUACGUGGAGGGCUUCUUGCUGCAUGGCCUCCUCCCCGCCCACGUUAUCCGCCUCCUCCUUAAGCCCCACGUCCAGAGCCGGGAGGAUCUGCAGCUCAUCCUGGAGCUGCUGGAGAAGAUGGGGCUCUGCUACUGUGUCAACAAACCCAAGUGCAAGCCCCUGAACGGUGCUGCUGCUUGGUACAAGUUCCCCUGCUACGUGAAAAACGAGGUGCCCCACGCAGAGGCGUGGAUCAACGGCGCCAACCUGAGCGGCCAGUCGUUUGUGGUCGAGCAGCUGCAGAUCGAGUACAGCUUUCCGUUCAUUUUCCCGCCCGGCUUGUUUGCACGCUACAGCGUUCAGAUCAACAGCCACGUGGUUCAGCGGUCGGAUGGCAAGUACCAGAUCUAUGCCUACCGGGGAAAGGUGCCUGUGGUGGUGAGCUACCGGCCUGCCAGGGGGGCUCUACAGCCGGACACUCUGUCUAUUGCUAGCCACGCGUCCCUACCAAAUAUCUGGACGGCUUGGCAAGCUAUUACCCCGUUAGUGGAAGAACUGAAUGUCCUGCUCCAAGAGUGGCCGGGCCUGUACUACACUGUGCACGUCCUCUGUUCAAAGUGCCUUAAAAGAGGGUCACCAAACCCACACACUUUUCCAGGUAAGGCGAAACCCCUCUUCCCUGUCACCUCUUCUGGUUCUUUGCCCCUUCUUCGAGGGAUUUUCGUGCUGUUAAUCUGAGCUUGCUUUAAUUUUAUUCUUCUUAACCUCCUCUUCUCUAGCUCCCUUUCCUGGUGACUUGAGUCAUAAGAGAAAAUAUUAGGGUAGCUCCAAGGAGACAGGCUUAAAAUAACCCUAUUCUGAGAUGAGGGGGGUGCCACGUCCCCCUCUGGCCAGGUCUUUUCUCUC